UGUGUAUUUUAUAUAUGUUUAUAAAUUUUUUGACAUUUAUUUUCUCAGCCAUUUGAUGACAUAAAAAUAUCAAAUGAAUAAAAAUAAUCAUGCAGAACAAUAAUUUGUUCGCUAUUGAUGAUAAAAAAUUACUUUUCUGUAUUGAUGAAGAAGUUGACAGAGCCAAUUACAGACGUCUUAAUACAUUAAUUGAGAAAAAUGGUGGUAUCAAUCAAAAUAUCUGUAGUCCAGAAACAAUAAAUUUAAUUACUAUAAAAAAUAAUAAUAAUUUUGUAAACAAACGUUCAAAUUAUAAACUGUACAAUAGUCAAUUUAUACAUGAUUCAAUUGAAAAAAAUUGUUUACAAUCACUUGAAGAUUACAGAAUACCAGAAUGUAUUAUGGAAAAAGAUAAUGAUAAAAAAGAAGCACUAUUGAAUUAUCCAAGUUUAGAGAAUACAAUUUUUUCUGGUUCAAAAUGGUUGGAACCAAUUUGUAGGUCUGAAGAUGUUAUUUUAGAAAGUUAUGAUCUUGACGACGAUGAUGAUGAGGAUGAGGGUGAAGAUGAGGAGGAUAACAACGUUGAAAAUUUAACUACAAAUCCAGUUGAUCCUGAACCAGUUUUAUGUGAAGAAAAUAAUAUUGAUAAAACCAGUUUAAAAAAUACCGAUAAAUCAGCUGAUGAUUGUGUUGGUAAGCCAGUUGCUUCUACGUCACCAAAACAAAUAGCUCCAAGUGUUGUUGAUGUGGCAUUACCUGAACAUAUUGAUGAGCCAGUUAAUUCCACAUCACCAAAACAAAUAGCUCCAAGUGUUAUUGAUGUGGCAUUACCUGAACAUGUUGAUGAGCCAGUUGAUUCUACGUCACCAAAACAAAUAGCUCCAAGUGUUAUUGAUGUGGCAUUACCUAAACAUAUUGAUGAGCCAGUUGAUUCCACAUCACCAAAACAAAUGGCUUCAAGUGUUGUUGAUGUGGCAUUACCUGAACAUGUUGAUGAGCCAGUUGAAUCCACAUCACCAAAACAAAUAGCUUCAAGUGUUGUUGAUGUGGCAUUACCUGAACAUGUUGAUACACAAACAUCAGAUGUUUCAGAGUAUUUUUCAUGUAAAAAUUUCGAAUCAAAUUUAUCCUUGGAUGAUAGAAAAGAAGCACCAUCAAAUUCACCAAUAAUAUCAGCUAAUAAACAAAUAGAUUCAUCACCAGAAAUUACUCUCGUAAAAAAUCCAUUUUUCAAAAUGAAACGUGAUAGAAUUCGAAAUUGUCGUUCAUCAAAAGUUUUAAUUAAAAAAGAAAAUGAUUUACCAAUUAAACAAGAAGUUGAUGUAUCAAUGGACAGGGAUAAACAGGUGGUACUGAAUGAAGUUCAUGAAAAUAUAGCAGAUAAUGUGUUGGAUGAUUCACCUGGACAGGCAUCAACAUCUAGAGAACAUUCAUCACAAAAUAAAAAUAUUAAAAACAGCAAUAUUGAUAAAGAUUUUGAUGAAACAAAUUUUAUAAUAAUCACUGAUGAUGAUGAUGAUGAUGAUACUGAUAUUGAAGUGAGGAACAAUUCUUCAUCUGCUGAUAAUGAAAACAGGAAACAUGAUGAAGUUACUUCGGAAAAUAUUGAAACUAAAAAGUCAAUGUUAAAAACAAAAAGUCUAAAAAACACUGGAAAUGAUUUAAAAGUUCAUUCAAGUAAAGAAAAUAAAAUGCUGGACAUUAAAAAAAAAAGACUUGAACGAGACUUAUCUCAAUCCUAUAAUACACCAAUAAAUGAUUAUGACGUGGAACGUGAAUCAUUGGAUUUAUUAUCAUCAGAAAAAUACUCAAAAAAUAAUAUGAGUGAUAAAAAUACUACUGAUGUAAUAAAAAAGAUCACUGAAAAUAAAAAUAGUAUAACUAAAAAUAAUGGAGAAAUAUUGAAUGAAGUGACAAGUACAACAAAUUCAGUUUCGUCUGUAUCGAUUAAUAAGCCGUCCAAUCUAUCAAAUGACAAAUCAACUCGACAAGAAAACCAAGAAAAUAUUUCAAUAUCAAAAGACUCUGAUGAUUCAUUCGUAUGUAACAGUCAAGAUGAAGAAGAAACAACAUCAAAGCGUUUGAACAGAAUAAAAAAAUUGAAACGUUUGGAAAAGAUGUCAUCUAAAAAAUCGACAGGUACAUUAAACAUAGAAAAAAAUUCAUCAAAAGCAUUGGGUCUAUUCUCAUGUACUCGUGCUAAUGAUACCAUUGAUAAACCAAAAAUUUUUUCAAAGAAAAAAACAGUCAAAAUACGAAAUGCAUUUGAUGAUAACUUUGAAAUAAAUACAUCAAAUAUUUUACAAAGAAAUAAUACACAAUCUAUCAAAGAUAAAGUUACAAAUAAUUUACAAGAUGAUAAUAAUAAUGAUGAUACUGUUGAUGGUGCUGUUGAUGAUGCUGAUGGUAAUGAUAAAUCAAAGAAGCUUGUAAAUAAUGAAAAAUUAAUUGUCAAAUCAACUACCAGUCAAUCUAACUCAUUGGCAAUAUUAUUAACAUCAGAAUCUGCAAAUGAAAAUUCAGACAAAGAAACAACACAAUUAGCUCAAGAAAAUAGAACAAAAAAAAGAAAAAAAUAUCACCAUGAAACAUUGAAUUCUCAUAAACAUUCAACACCAGUUAAUCCACCGGUUAGAAAAUUAUGUAAUCGAGUAUGUACAGUUGUACCAACACCACCAUCAUCAUCAGAUGAACUUGAUGAUGAAUAUUCAAAUACAUCUAAACGUCAUUGUGUUGAUAAGGAAAAUUCAUCUAAAGCUGAACAAUUAAAAAAUAAUUUAACACAAACAAAAGAAGUAUCUUCUAAUUCAUCAAGAAAAUAUGAUAAAGCUAAUUUAAAAACACCUAGAAGAUAUUUAAAUGAUAAUGAUGAAGAAGAAAAUCUUGAUGAAUUAACCAAUAGUUUUUGUCAAAUUAAACGUAAGAGUAAAAAAAAUAUAUCACCAACAAAAAACAACGAUAAAAAUGAUGAUAAUGAUAAAGAAAAAUUACCAAAUAAUAAUACUAGUCAAUUAAAAGUUGGUGAAUCAUCAGAAGCAUUAUCAAAUAAUGAUGUUAAUUUAAAAAAAAAAUCAAGUACUACUAGUAAUAAAAAUUCAAUGCCAAUAAAAUCAUCAAAAGAUUUUUAUUUAAAUAAUUUAGAAGAUGAUUCUGAUGAUGAAAAUGAAACAAGUAAAUUACAAGCUGAUAAAGAAACAGAUGGAAUAAUUGUGAUAUCAGAUUCUGACGAUGAAAAAGAUAAACAAGAUGAAUUUCACAGUAAAAAUAAUAACACAGUAUCGAAAAAAUUAAAAAUAACUGAGAAAAGAAAAGAAAAUCAUUUGAAAUCAUCGAGUAAUGAUAAUAGUAGGAAAAAAAAUAUCAAAGAACAUCAAAAAACAUCAAAUGAAGGUGAUGAUUUUGUUGCAGACUCUGGCAAUGAUACAGAAUCAGAUUCAUCAAAAUCUUCACCUUGUAAAAAACAUAAAAAAAGUGUUGGUGAUACUGAUUCAUCAUCAUCAUUAUCAUCAUCAUCAUCUGAUGAUGAAUUAGUAAAUUUAUCAUCAGAAUAUCCAUCAAGAACAAAUAAUAAAUCAUCAAACAAAGUAAAAAAUAAAAAAUAUAAAACAACUAAUUACGACAGAAGAAGUAAAAAAUAUCUCAAAGGAAUUUACAAAUCAAAAGAAGAUAAAGAUUUGAUAAUUGAUCGAAAAAAUGAUCCAUACAGGAGGUAUCCAACCGAGCCUCUAGAUGUAAAUAUCAAAGAUCAACCACGAGCUUGGUUAGAUGAUGACAAUAAAUUAUUUUUUCGUACAGACUUUGAUAGACAUAACCAUUCGAUACCAACUGGCAAACGUCCAGCAUACAAAGAGUGGGAAGAGAACGAAAUGAUAAGAUUCAUCUAUGAAAAAGGUCAUUUUCAUCAUAAUCAAUCGAUAAAUAUUUGGAAUGAAUUGGUAUCUACUGGUUUAUUUAUACAUCGUGGAUCAUAUUCUUUGAUGGCCCAUUGGAAGAGAAUGUUCGAAACACAACGUCAAAUUAAAAAUUCUGAUUUACCAAACAGAUUAAUAGAAAGACUGUUGUAUCAUUUUGGUAAAAAAAAAUAAAUA